UCAAACAUUAGAAAUUUUACAAAAAUUUGCUUGGCAACAUAUCAUCGUCAUCAUUAUUGGCAACAUAAUCAUCACUUAAGCCAAAAAAAAGCUUAAAUCCUAAAGCAAAGUUAUACAUCAAUAAUAAAUAAAAUUAUUUUAAAGCACAAAAACUUUAAUGUACAUAAAGCUUCAAAUUCAUUUUAAACUCUUGUUGAGAGUUUUAAAAUUUAUAAAUAAUUUUUAUGCCAAAGUAUAAAUGACGUAUUUUCAUGAUAUUGAGUUUACAACUACAAAAACUAGUGCAAUAAUAGUUAAUGCAAAUAAAACAAUAAUAAAUAGGAAAAACGUGGUUAAAGCAGAAGUUACACUAGCAACAACUGAAACAAGGAGAACAGACUUUAAAAAUGGAAACUUGGCAAUUUUAUACAAAUACAAACAAAAUCAAAUUAAUGCCAGACCAAAAUCAAUACCAACAACAGAGAAUAUUACAAAAACAAUAUCAUAUACAACACCAUCAUCAUCACCAACAUCGUCAUCAUCACUAUCAGACAUAUGCUAUAACACAGCAAGAGUUAGAGGAGGAACAUCAACAACGUCCAGAACAUGUAGAAAAUCAAAGUUUUAUAACAAAUGCAAAUCAGAAUUGUUUAACCGCCUCCAGCCUACAAUUGAAGAAACAACAAAAACUACAGCUAAAUCAGCAGCAGCUGACGCAGCAACAUCCAUACAAAACAAUAUCAAUACAAAAAGUAACAACGGCAACAACAAUAUGCCAAUGCACAUCACAACAAACCUCAUCAUCUGCCCAGUCACAAUUACUCCACCAUCAGCAAGUCCAACAUCAUCAUCGUCAGCACUGUCCUCAGCCUCAGCAGUCUCCUCAGCAAAAACAAACAGAAACAACAGCAACAAGCAGAACAUCAGUGGAUGGCUUAAAAAAUUGGUUACCUCGUCCUCGAAGUAUCUCAUCAAUUGUGGAACAUUUGGUUGUGAUUGGCUCUUUAUUGAUCGCAUUAAGUGGUCUGGUUGUUUGCGACGAGUCCCAGGAUUUUCAAAAGAACAGUAAGUGUCUCAAAUCAUAAACUAAUAUUUUAUUGCCACCAAUAAACAGUAAGUUAUAUUAAAAUAAUUUUUUCCCACUGUCUUCAACACAUUUUGAAAUUCUAAAAAUUACAAAAAUUCAUCUCUAUACAUUCUUGACUUUUGGUGGUAAAGAUUAACUUGAGCAGCAGCUAGUUCAACAAACUAGCAGGGUGUUAUUUGGAUGGCGAUGGUUUAGAGCAACAACCAACACAUUUUAUACAUUUAAACAAAUGUGCAACGAAUUGUAGCAAAUGGAAAUAAAAUAGAAAUCAUUUUUUUAUGACUUCUCAACAUUUUCAUUUUUGUUUCGUUUCGUUUC